AUGAAGCGGCUAGGGACAGAAAGCGCGGAUGGCAUUGAAAGCACAUUACACACUACCUCUGGAACUGGCCGCUAUGAUCCCGAGAAAGGAAACCAUCUCAAGGGUCCCGAUGGGACAGGGGCUCCUGAACUCGCAGCGGUUCAGGAAUUACGACAGGGUCUAGGGCAACGUCACAUUCAUAUGAUUGCCCUGGCAGGCACAAUUGGAACAGGACAAUUCCUGGGCUCAGGUCGAGUUUUGGCUAAUGCCGGACCAGCGGGCAUUUUCAUGGAAUACACGAUAAUGGGAUUGCUGAUCUCGAGCGUCACACUAUCCAUCGGAGAGCUGAGUGCCCUCCUCCCCCUCAGUGGCGGUGUCAUUCGACCCGCUGCCUAUCUCGUGGACCCGGCGUUCUCCUUUGCGCAAGGACGGAAUGUCACAUAUCAGUACCUCAUCUCCAUUCCGGCAGAGAUUUCUGCGGCCUCGGUGAUCAUACAGUUUUGGGUGACGGUGAAUAACGCGAUCUGGGUCACCGUCUUCAGCGCGAUUCUUUUCGCGACAAAUAUCUUUUUGGUUCGCAUGUAUGGAGAGAUCGAAUUCAGCCUUGCCAUUCUGAAAGCUUGUCUCAUCGUUGGCAUGAACAUCAUGGUAAUAGCCUCGCCCAUAUUGGUCUUUCUGGCUCUCUUUGGUUAA